UUCCCAAAACAAGCCAAGUACUGCAAUGGCACACACCACCCCCUUGCUCUUAGCCCUCCUGGGGUGCCUGUGUCUGGGCCUGGCGUCUGGACAGAGAGGGGAUUCGGACUUGACUGUGGAGCUCACGGAGCUGAGGGUCCUGGUCAAGGACAUGGAGGCCAAGCUGAACGACUCCAGCACUAAAGACGGGGACCUGAAAGCCCUGGAGACACGACUGAAUGCCACGGAGCAGCAGCUGGAGAAACUCCAGUCUGAGGUGCAGCGUCUGGGGAAGGAGAACCAAGAUAUCAUGGAAAAGCUGAAUGCCACAGUAGAAGAGCUUGAUCAAAUAAAGAAACAAAAUGGAACAACUAAAGGACCAAAAGUAGCUUUCUCUGCAUCCCUUGCUCCCUCCGGUGAGGUUUAUGAGAAACACAGUGAUACUUCCCCAAACCUGGUUUACAAGCGGAUCUUCACUAACACUGGAAAUGCCUAUGACAGCAACACAGGUUCAUUCACUGCUCCUGUGAAGGGCAUCUACUUCUUUAGCUUCAGCACGUUUGGCUACCACAACUUCCUGAGUGGCGCCAUUCUCACCAAGAACGGUCAGUACAUGGUCUCGUCCUAUGACCCCCCCGCCACCGGAGACACUGGGGACACCGGAGGGAACUCUGUCAUUCUGCAGCUGGAGGCGGGAGAGAAGGUCACCAUGAGACUCUGGAAGAACUCCCAGGUGUUCGACAACCUCAACGGCCACAACACCUUCAGCGGCUUUCUGCUUUUCCCUUUGUAGAUGGACUCAGUGGUCACAUUUCUCUAACAUGCUCUAGCAUAUUCUUUUAGU